UUGGCCGGUAAGAGGAAGAAGAGUUUUAGAUCAGUGAAAAUGGCACGACUUUUGUGCGUUUUAUUGCUCUUAGUUCCCAUAUGUUUGGCCAAAUCUCCACUCCGGGCGCUGGGUCAAUACUAUCUCAAUUGGGAUGGAGGAAUGCGACCGUGUGAAGGGUUCGACAACAGCAUCUUUGAUCUGUCCAAGUUGGUCGUGGUGAAGAGAAGCAAGACUCUUCUGGCGUUGGCAGGUGACGUCAAAAUGCUCAAAGAAACUAGCAACAAACUGAAGUUCAAGCUGACGAUUCACAAAGAGGUUAACGGAAACUACGAGUACCUGAUGACCGUAACGGAGGACGAUCUUUGUAAACACAUUUCCGAGGAGAAAAAGCCGUGGACGCCAAUAAUCAAGGAGAUGGAAAUCAAAGGAUGCCCCAUACCUGCGAAGAUGUACUCGUUCAAGUCGUCCACGCUGGACGUAGCGGGCUACCCGCUGACUGUAGGGCAGGCUGGCCACUACAAGGCUCAAAUGGAGCUCUUCGACUCGGACGUGCGUACUGUGUGUAUGCUAAUGGAGACUAAUGUACAACCCCUUUGAGUGGAAAUAGAACUGCUUCAAUGAACAAUAUGUUUCUUUGUCAAA